CAGUGAAUAUUAGUUUUGUAUUACAAAUAUCAAAAUGAUUCUUAUAAAAUCUGAGAACAGAUUGUUUUGUAAGACAUACACAUAAAACUUAACUUGCAGUUUAUGCUUCUCAACAAAAAGAAAUAUGUAUAUAUGUAUUUGUUAUUUUUUUCCCCACUUAACCGUCCUCGUAAUGUUGCACAUUUUGAUUUUUGAUUUUGUUUUGCUUGUAUUUUUUUCAGGCUUUGGAUAGUGUUGGUCUGCCAGGCAUGGACAGAGUCGACAGCCUAGCAGAGUAUCUGGUGGAGCUUAGGGACCAGCCCUCUCUCGUCCUCACCAACCAGCAGGUGAGCAAUAUAGUUGCUCUUUGGCAGAACCUGCUUGAUUUUGAUAAGCAAAGGGUGGUGUUUGCUGCCAGACACCAGAGCAGGCUGGACACAGGGAGGUUCAGGUCCCCCAAAAAGAGGCAGGAGUUCACUCCAGGGGUGGAAAGUGUGAAGAGGCACGCACUCACCACCACAGCACCACUUGCCCAGUGGCCAGAUUGUUGUCGCCUGAUAGAGACCAUUUUUGUUAAGCUCUGUGCCAUCCAUAAAAGCCCAAAAAAGAAGGGGACAAGCACAGUGUCCAGGUGGGUCCUCAUCUUGGAGGACUACAAGAAAAUCAGGCAGCGCAUUCUGGCCAAUGCUGCUGUUAUGCAGCAGACCACCCUGCAGCUGGUGGAUGUAAGCCACACAACACUGGUUCAGUGGCACAAUAAAAGAGUGAAAAGGCAGGACAGUGCAGUAUUAAUGCAAGGGCUGCAACUGCCUAGCCGCUUGUCUGUGGCGGCUGACCUCUGCUACCUGCCAAUGUGCGUCCCCCGUCUGCACCCCCCCAACCAGGCCCAGCUCACCAAUACCACCUGCCAGUAG